AAGUUGAUGAUGAAAUUUCCUAAAGGCUUCUCAGAAAGCUUAGUACUGGAUUUGGACUUGGGCAUUUUCUGGUGCCAGAUUUGGCAGCCACUAUGGGAGGUCAUCCCCAUUUGGUGUAAGGGAGAAUGUGAUUCAAAACCACUGUGGGGCAAGAAGGCUUUUCUGAGUCUGAAAAUUUAGUCACAGAAUCAUAAACUCAGGGCUUCCAGGUAUCACAAACUACCAUAAACCUCUAACUCAUUAUGUUUAGAAAGUGAGGCCUAAGAAAUAUUAUGUGUUCAGGGCAUACAGAAAGUUGGUGGGGGAGGAUAGUAAUAGAAUGAUGUUCUAUGUAGUAUUCCUGAGACUGGUGUGGUAUCAUAUGAAAGUUCUGCAGUGUUUUCAAGGGUUUCCUAAGCCAGAGCGGUCAGAUCUUCAUGUUGUUUCCAGCACCUUGUGCCUGCUAUCUACAUCAGAUCUGAACAUCUAGUUAGCCUUGAAUGUCUAGUCCCAGGUGUUUUCAAUGCCCCCUGGACAGCUGGCUCUCAAUCAAGUUUAUGAGUUGCAACAAUAUUAGAUGAGUUCCAUUUUUGGGAGAAUCAAGUGGUUGAAUCUUUAGUUUUUAUGUGAUUGGGUGUCCCAAACCCUGUGACUGAGAUAAAGGAUUUUUUCUGCUGUAGAUGGCUUGAUAAAAGCUAUCCCCACUCCAUUCUCCUCUUGAUCCCAGAGCUCCUCAAAAGGUCAAAUAGAGCAUUCUUGGGAGUGCUGGGGUGUUCAUUGGUUUCCUACUGUCUCAUCCACCUCCUCCAAAAGAACUCUUGCCAUUCAUGAAAAAGAAUCCCUCUUAUCUUAUCACUGCCUUUCUCAGGCCUUCCUGCAGCCUCCUUAGUGAUUUCUCAGCAAGUCUGAGAGCCAGACUCUGGAAGGCCUUCGUGUUCAGAGUGUGAUCUGUAGACCAGCAGCAUUGCCACACCCGGGAACUUGCUGGAAGUAUAAACUCCUGGGCCCUUUCUAUGACCUCCUGAGUCAGAAUCUGCAUUUAACAUGGUCCACAGCAAUGUGGGUCCUCCUCCGUGUCCCGGGGCUCCUAGCUUCCCUGACCUUGCUCCACGCUGCAGUGUCUGUCACAUGUGCACAGUCCACCAGCCCUGCUGCCAUCUCUGAUACUGUGAGUCAGGUCAAGGCCCAAGUCAGCAAGGCCUUUCUGGAAUCUCGGACCAGGCUGAUGACUGCCAUGAGCUCUGAGGCGCCCAGCAUGCGACAGCUCUCAGAGUACCUCAAGCAUGCCAGGGGCCAGACGCGCACGGCCAUCCGCAACGGGCAGGUGUGGGAAGACUCCUUAAAGAGACUGAGGCAGAAAACGACCUUGACCAAUGUUACAGACCCGAACCUGGACUUGACUGCACUCUCUUGGGAGGUGGGCUGUGGUGCCCGGGUUCCUGUGGAGAGAUGCGACAACAGCUCUUACCGCACCAUUACAGGACACUGUAAUAACAGGAGGAACCCUGAGCUGGGCGCCGCCAACAGGGCGCUGGCGCGCUGGCUGCCCGCCGAGUACGAGGACGGGCUCUCCCUGCCCUUCGGGUGGACGCCGGGAAAGACGCGGAACGGCUUCCCGAUCCCGCUGGCCCGUGAGGUAUCCAACCAGAUUGCAAGCUAUCUGAGUGAGGAGGGUGUUCUGGACCCAAACACAUCCCUGCUGUUCAUGCAGUGGGGUCAAAUUGUGGACCACGACAUGGACUUUGCCCCUGACACUGAGCUGGGGAGCAGAGAGCACUCCAAAGAGCAAUGUCACAAGUACUGUAUCCAAGGAGGCAACUGCUUCCCCAUCACGUUCCCACCCAAGGACUCUAAGGUGAAGACUCAAGGGAAGUGCAUGACUUUCUUCCGAGCCGGGUUCAUCUGCCCCACUCCACCCUACCAGACCCUGACCCGAGAGCAGAUCAAUGCUCUGACCGCCUUCCUGGAUGCCAACUUCGUGUAUGGCCCCGAGCCCAGCCUGGCCAGCCGCCUCCGCAACCUCAGCAGUCCCCUGGGCCUCCUGGCAGUCAACCAGGAGGUCUGGGACCAUGGGCUUGCCUACAUGCCCUUUUACAACAAGAAGCCAAACCCCUGUGAGUUCAUCAACACCACUGCCCACGUGCCCUGCUUCUUGGCAGGAGAUGGCCGAGCCUCACAACACACCCUGCUGGCUGCUUCCCACACCCUCUUUCUCCGAGAGCACAACCGGCUGGCCAGGGAAUUGAAGAGACUCAACCCUCAGUGGGAUGGAGAGAAGCUCUACCAGGAAGCCCGGAAAAUCCUGGGAGCCUUCAUGCAGAUUAUCACCUUUAGGGACUACCUACCCAUUGUGCUAGGUGUGGAGAUGCAGAAGUGGAUCCCUCCAUACCAAGGCUACAACAACUCUGUGGAUCCCCGAAUUUCCAAUGUCUUCACCUUCGCCUUUCGCUUUGGCCACUUGGAGGUCCCCGCCAGUGUGUCCCGCCUGGAUGAGAACUAUCAGCCAUGGGAUCCAGAACCGGACCUCCCCCUGCACACCCUCUUCUUCAACACCUGGAGGAUAGUCAAAGAUGGUGGAAUUGACCCUCUGGUGCGGGGCCUGUUGGCCAAUAACUCCAAAUUGAUGAAGCAGAACAAAAUGAUGACAGGAGAGCUGCGCAACAAGCUUUUCCAGACUACUCAGACGAUCCACGGCUUUGACCUGGCUGCCAUUAACAUACAGCGCUGCCGGGACCAUGGGAUGCCUGGGUAUAACUCCUGGAGAGGCUUCUGCAACCUCUCGCAGCCCCAGACCCUGGCGGAGCUGGGCGCUGUGCUGAAGAACAAGAUCCUGGCUAAGAAGUUUCUGGAUCUCUACGGAACCCCUAGCAACAUUGACAUCUGGAUUGGGGCUGCUGCUGAGCCGCUGGUAGAAAGGGGCCGGGUGGGGUCUCUCCUGGCCUGCCUCAUAGGGAAGCAGUUCCAGCAAGUUCGAGACGGAGACAGGUUCUGGUGGGAGAACCCUGGGGUCUUCACUGAGAAGCAGCAGGACUCUCUAUGGAAAAUGUCCUUCUCACGCCUUGUCUGUGACAACACCCACAUCACCAAGGUCCCCCUGAACCCAUUCAAAACCAACAGCUACCCCCAAGACUUUGUGGACUGCUCAACCAUUGAGAAGCUGGACCUCUCCCCCUGGGCCUCAGUGGGGAAUUAGGGGCCUCCCACACUGUGCAGGAAAGCUCCCUUUGGUUGACCAUGCCAUUUCAAGCCAGUUCGGUGGUCAGCCCCUGAGGCAUCCACACCCUGUCCCAGCCCUGCUUUCUCACCAGGCCUUGCUCACUUGCCAGAUGCAUACCUCCCACAAGCCCAAGGCCAGAGCCUUGGCCGUUCCAUCUCUUCCACUCAAAAUCCACUGCUCCCAUCUCCUCUUCCUGGGGAAGUCCUCAUCUGCUGUGGUGUAGACCUGCUGGGGUGCCCUUCCAGUCUAGCUUGCCCGGGGUCACCUGCCCUCUCCCUGGAACCGGUCUUGGCUGAGGCUGUGGCCUUUGCAUCCUUAUUUCUCCUUAUUUCUUCUCAGCCAGGUUGCAAGUUCCUUAAACCAGGGACUUGACCUGCUUCUGAGGGUCUCCCGUGACACCACCCAGCAAGGUGCUGGCACACAGCAAGCACUCAAUAAACAUGCGAUGAUUGACUAA